AUGCAGGAACCCGAAUACAGUGAACCUCGGCCGUUUGUCAGGCACUUCGACGCUACAGUGUGCAAUCUGUUUCCAGAUGUCGACAAGAAAAGUUUUAAAGUUCUUGACGUGGCGGCUGGAACAGGACUGUUGGGUUUAGAAUUAAACAAACUUGGAUAUACUUAUAUUGACGCCCUUGACAUGUCACAAGAAAUGCUAACCCGAGCUAAAAACAAGAAAGUUUACACCAAACUCAUCUGCGCUGCCGUAAAUGAUCAGCAGAUAAACGGUAUCGAGACCGCGAAGUAUGAUGCAUUGACAUGCAGCUCUGCAGUAUGUGCUGGGCAAGUUCAACCCAGUGCUUUUAGCGAGAUGCUAAUGAUGGUGAAGCCUGGUGGCUUAUUGUGCUUCAAUCUAAGCUUCACCGGCUGA